GAUCGCUGUAAAGCUGCGUACGUCCAGACUUUUUGGAGAGAGUAGUGGGCGGCACGAUUAUAACAGCAUGCGAUACCUGAAACGUACUUCUCAGCGAAGAGUCAUUAGGAGGUUGGCGGCAGUGGCGCUUUCAACGUUCAUAUGCUGGGCGCCGUUCCACCUACAAAGACUCCUGGCAAUAUAUGGAAAGACAUUAGAUAACCCAUCCGAUACCUUUUACUUGGCUCACGGUAUCCUGACUCAUCUAUCUGGUGUGCUGUACUUUUUGUCGACGGCGAUCAAUCCAAUCCUCUACAACAUCAUGUCGAAGAAAUUCCGGAACGCUUUCAAGGUGACAUACACGAAUUGGUGCAGCCGUCGUCGUCGUGGCAAUGACCCCCGCUUUGGGCGCACGCACAUCGCCAUGCUGGCAUCCCAGCGGCUGGGGAACGGGGCGGCAUUAGAACCCAGUCCCCACCGCUGCCGUUGGCUAUCCAGCGCGACCACCGACUUACUCGAAGCCCCACCCCGACCGGAGGUGACAUACACGAAUUGGCGUGGCCGUCGUCGUCCUCGCAAUGACCCCCGCUUUGGGCGCACGCACAUCGCCAUGCUGGCAUCCCAGCGGCUGGAGAACGGGGCGGCAUUAGAACCCAGUCCCCACCGCUGCCGUUGGCUAUCCAGCGCGACCACCGACUUACUCGAAGCCCCACCCCGACCGGGUGUGAGGUCUGCUCUAUUAUUUGUUAUUCCUUGUGGGGAUGGACUGUGGGUUAAUACGCACAUGACAACUCUCCUACUAAGGUAA